UACAACUUUCUUCUUCUUCUUCUUCUCUUUUGCUCUCUCAAAAAACACCAACAAUCAUCAUUUUUGUACUCUCCAAAACUUACCAAAAGAAACAAAACAAAAAGUGAACCAAACCAACCAAGUUGUGAUUAAAAGAACCCAAUUUAGUAGUACUAUAAUUUUGCUUUACUUUCUCACACACAUAAGAUUGGUUGAUUUCCAAGAACAUGGGAAGAUCACCUUGUUGCGAUAAAGAUGGCCUGAAGAAAGGUCCCUGGACCCCAGAAGAGGAUCAAAAGCUCAUCGACUACAUUCAGAAACAUGGCUAUGGCAAUUGGAGAACCCUUCCUAAGAAUGCUGGGUUGCAAAGGUGUGGCAAAAGUUGCCGACUUCGCUGGACAAAUUAUUUGAGGCCAGACAUCAAAAGAGGAAGGUUUUCAUUUGAAGAAGAAGAAACCAUUAUUCAACUCCAUAGUAUAUUGGGCAACAAAUGGUCUGCAAUUGCUGCCCGGUUGCCAGGAAGAACUGACAAUGAAAUCAAAAACUAUUGGAACACACACAUUAGGAAAAGACUUCUUCGGAUGGGGAUUGAUCCCGUCACUCAUAGCCCUCGUCUUGAUCUUCUUGAUCUUUCUUCCAUUCUGAACUCAUCUUUUUACCACAACUCUUCACAUCAUCAAAUUAACCUCUCAAGGUUGUUGAACAUGCAACAACCUCUUCAGUUGAACCCUGAACUCCUAAGGUUAGCAACUUCACUUUUCUCAUCGUCAUCUCAAAGAAACAAAAGCCACCACCAAUUCCCCAUGCAAAACCAAAUGUACUGUGGUAAUAACAAUUUCAGUACAACAAACACGACAAUUAUUCCUGGUCAUCAGAACGAUCAUCAGUUGCCUCCAUUAGUCCACCCUAAUACCCAACUUCAUCAAGAUAUCAUCCCUCCUCCCAAUUGUGGUGAUUUGAGUACAACAACUUGUACAACCACCGUUACACCUUCCAUGGUACCAUUUCCUAGUGAUCAAGAAGCCGCCCAAUUAAUGCAACCAAAUGUGGACCAAUUCAAUCUCUCCAACUUGAUGACUUCAUCAUCACAACAAGGGUGUGAAUUAAUAAACGACUGGCCUUCUAAUUUCGUGGAUGAUUUCAUUCUACCGUUACAAAAUUAUGGAUACUAUGGCGGCGGUGCACCGGCCGAGUACAACCCGGUUUUCGACACGACAACCACUCCGUCGGAUACAACGACGGCUACUUUUCAAUCCGGCAACAACGACAACAAUUUCAGCUUCCACUCGGUUUUGUCAACGCCGUCGUCGAGCCCGACUCCGAUGAACAACAGUAGUAGUAGUACUACCACGACGGUUGAAGACGAAAAGGAAAGUUAUUGCAGUAGUAACAUGUUGAUGAAGUUUGAAAUCCCUGAUCAUCUUUUGGAUGUUAAUGAAUUCAUGUGAUUUGAUGAUGAUAAUGAAUUGUAAUUAGGACCAUAAGAGAAUUUCAAUGGGGUGACAUUUUUUUUCCUUCUUAAUGUCGCGUGUAAGUUCUUACUAGAAUUAAUUGAUACUUUUGCAUUAUGACCAAUUUUUACUUUGUUUUUUUCCCC